AUGGCACUUUUGAAAGUUAAGUUUGACCUGAAAAAACGGGUGAAGCUGGCCCAGAUGGUAUGGCUCAUGUGCUGGCUGUCCAUAAUGGCUGGAGUGCUGGUCUUCAGUCUGGGCCUUUUUUACAAAAUUGAACUGCAUAAGCGAAGUGAGCUCAUGGACAACAAUGAAAGCCACUUUGUACCUAAUCUGCUCAUUGGUGUGGGUUUGGCAGCCUGUGGCAUCAAUGCUUUUGGUGGCAAGAUAUGCUAUGACUCUCUGGAUUCAUCUAAGUUCACCAAGUGGAAGGCAGUUCUUAAGCCAUUCCUCUUCUGUUGCUUGCUCUUCAAUGCUCUCCUCUUCUUUACAGCACUUUUGUGCUUCACCAUGCGUAUUCCUCUGCAGUUUAUCCUGGCGGAAGGCCUAAAGAAUAGCAUGAAGUACUACAAGGACACAGAUGUACCUGGACGCUGCUACAUGAAGAGAACUGUGGAUCUAAUGCAGAUGGAGUUUCACUGUUGUGGCAACAAGAACUACAAAGACUGGUUUGAGAUACAGUGGAUUAGCAAUCGUUACCUGGACUUCAGCUCAAAAAAAGUCAAAGACCGUAUCAACAGUAAUGUAGAUGGACAGUACUUGGUGAAUGGGGUCCCUUUCAGCUGCUGCAAUCCAAGCUCUCCAAGACCCUGCAUCCACUACCAAGUAACUAACAGCUCCGCCCACUACAGCUAUGACCAUCACACAGAGGAACUGAACAUCUGGAAACAUGGCUGCAGGGAGGCUUUAGUUUCCUACUAUGGAGGACUGAUGAACACUAUUGGUGUAGUGGUGCUGUUGGUUACUGUCCUACAGGUUGGUGUGAUGGUGGGACUACAGUAUGUAAACACAUCUCUGUCCACACUGGUCAACCCAGAGGAUCCUGAGAGUGAAAGUGAAGGCUGGAUCCUGGAGAAAACUGUAAAAGAGACCUUCACUGAUGUCAUAACCAAAAUGAAGGCCAUGGGCAAAGGCAAUCGGGUAGAGGUGGGGACAGAAAAGCAGGCGGUUGCCACAUUGAGUUAGGUAUACCCCAGCCCCCAGAACUCCGCCAAAGGUAGAGAGUUGUGAAUGACUGUUACACUGACAAGCUAUGGUACGCCACUCAAGCUAUACAUCAUUAGCAGAGUUAGCCUGCAUACCUUUUAAAAAUACCCUACCUGGCCAAAAAAAGGGUCACCAUCUGGAUUUAACUAAGCAAAUAGG